AUGUUUGUGAGAAAGAACAGACUGAAGACGACGCCCGAGACAACAAACAGCAGUAACACUCAACCACAUCCAACGCGAAAAACAGUCGCGCUACCAAAGAUCGAAUUACAAACCUUUUCCGGUAAUGUUUUAGAAUGGGCAAGUUUCUUUGAUAUCUUCAAGUCAUCCAUUCACUCUGACACUACCUUAGAUAACAUUCAAAAGUUUGUUUAUUUACGAAGUAUGUUGAAAGAUGAAGCCGCAAGAACUGUCGGCGGUUUGACGCUGACGGAUGCUAACUACUCACACGCAAUCGAGCUACUAGAGGAAAGAUACGGACAAAAGCAUCAAAUUAUUGACGCCCAUAUGACUGCGUUAUUGAAUCUAAGUAAACCCGUGGAUGACGCGAACAUAUGGAAAGCCAUGACUGUCUUAAGUUCACUUAUAUCAUGUUUUGGUGUACAUUCUUCAUGA